UAAUUUACGGUCAAUCCUAUGAGAUAGUGGUGUUGUGAUUCUAGACUUGAUAUUGUAAAGAACUUAGAACUUGAUUUGGUUAGUUUUAUCUUUCAGUUAAGGUUGCAGCCAAGGAGAUGAAGUUCUUGAGCUCCAUCUUUACAUGGUUGUUAAAGAAUAUGACCCUUGUCCCUUUACAUGGUUGUUAGAUGAUUCUCAGUUACAGUUUCAUUAGCAUCGCAUGUUCUUAACGACUGACUUUAUCCAUGAGGCCCCCCUGCAUUUUAUAGUUAACCCACGCUUUUCAUCUUUUCAUUUGAUUAUUGAUUUGUGUUUUAUUAUUUAGUUUAGAAUAUUUUUAAAAACAGAGGAAUCCAAAUUUCUUAACAAAAUAUGUAGAGUCCUCAAUCAAUCAAACCAGUGUUCUUUGUACCGACGUCGUGGUGGUUUACUGAUGAUGUAUUCUGUGAUACUCCAUGGAAGACGGUGCACUGAGUUACAAAAAUGGCCUUGUUUGAGAGUUUCAGUGCAAAAUGCUUUUUCUAAUUCCUUCUCUUCUGUUGCUAAUAGAGAUGGUCGAAAAGGGAAGAUUUUUACAGUCCCUAACUUCGUUGAUUCAUUUGAUUUGAUUACAGAACCGAUCUCAAGAAAAGUUAGCUUCGAGGGAAAAGUGUCUCCUGAUUCCGUUCUGAAGCUUUUUACAAGUCAUGGCUUCACAGAUUCUCAAAUCUCCAACAUCAUUAGGACUUAUCCACGAUUGCUUAUACUAGAUGCUGAGAAAUCAGUUGCUCCCAAGCUUCAGUUUUUGCAGUCAAGAGGAGCUUCGAGCUCUGAGCUCACUGAGGUUGUUUCGUCAGUUCCUGAAAUCUUGGGAAAGAAAGCGGGUAAAAGUAUAAGCAGAUACUAUGAUUUCAUCAAAGAGGUCUUAGAAGCUGAUAAGAGUGCCAAGUUGGAAAAGUUGUGUCAUUCUUUGCCACAGGGUAGUAAGCAGGAGAAUAAAAUCAGAAAUCUUUUGGUUUUGAGAGAAUUGGGUGUGCCUCAGAGGUUGUUAUUCCCUUUGCUCAUCUCUGAUAGGCAACAUGUAUCUGGAAAAGAAAGAUUUGAAGAAUCCCUCAAGAAGGUUGUUGAAAUGGGUUUUAAUCCAACCACCUCAAAGUUUAUUGAUGCGCUGCGUGUUAUUCAAGGAUUAUGCGACAAAACAAUAGAAGAAAAGGUCAAUGUGUAUAAAAGGUUAGGCUUUUCUGUGGGAGAUAUAUGGGCUAUGUUCAAGAAGUAUCCAAUAUUUCUAGGAGUCUCGGAGAAGAAAAUAUUGAACUGCGUAGAAACAUUUCUAGGCCUAGGAUUCAACCGAGAUGAGUUCAGGACAAUGGUCAAAUGCCAUCCUGCAUGUUUUGGAUAUUCUGCAGAGUUGGUGAAGAAGAAAACUGAGUUUGUGGUUAAGAAGAUGAAUUGGCCGCUAAAGGCCGUGCCUUUGUUCCCACAGGUAUUUUCAUACAGCAUGGAGAAGAGGAUUGUACCGAGGUGUAAAGUAAUCAAAACGCUCAUUUCCAAAGGAUUGCUCGGAGGAGACAAAGGAAGUGAACUCCCUUCAAUGCAGUCUGUCUUGAUAUGCAACGACAAUAAUUUUUUUAACAGGUAUGUGAGGAAGCACGAUGACAAGGAGCUUGUUGCUGAGUUGAUGGCUAUCUUUGCUGAAAGCACACACCACUCAUGGUAACGUUAAGGAGUGUAGUUUGGAUAAUCACUUGUCUGAUAUCAGUUUAUGCUUACAUUGUAAUUCAAAUUCUUCCUUUUUUUCUUUGAGGGGAGAGUUUUAUUUGCUGCAGAUAUUGAUUGUAAUGAUGCAAUGCACCUCCU